UGCUACAACUAACCAAACCAAAAUCAUGUGUGCUUCAUUUGCACCUCGUCCCAAGAUCUCGGCCGUUCCAUUGGCGCUCGCUCUAAUGCAAAAAACAGACAAGGAACAGACGAAUCUAAAGCACUUAUCCGACGAUGUUAUCAUGAAUCACUUAUUCACCAAACAUGGCGACGACGAGACAAUAAAGAUCGACCUUAACGACUACAUUUCGUUCAUCGAAAACGUCAUUAAAUCCUCGGAUCAGAUUUCCGCAGCUUCUCAUUGGGCUCAGGGAAGCAAAGUGCAUGUUGAACUUUCAGAUGACUCCUUCACAUAUCCCUCCUCAAUUGAACCACCAGUUUGCACCCUUCAUGAUAUCUCAAAACAGAUGGGAUGUAAGGCUGCUGGGAUAGAUAUAGCUCACAAAACAACUCUUGAUAUUCUAAGUAAGCUGACCAAAUAUUCAUGGGAGGCGAAGGCCGUGCUGAUCUUCGCGGCGUUCGCUAUGAACUAUGGAGCUUUGUGGCACCUCGACAAUUACUCGCGCUCGGACCCGCUCGCUAAAUCGUUGGCGAUGAUCAAGCGAGUGGGUUCGCUGAGGAAGGAGCUGGAUUCUGUGCAAUAUGGGCAGGUGUUUUUUGGGCCCAACAGUUUGAUAUACAGCUGCUUGAAGGCCAUUAAAUACAUGAAUGAAUUCAAGAACUUGUCCAAAUAUGAUAUCAAAGAAGUGCCUGAAUUGUCUGCGGCACUUCGCCGGAUCCCAUUGGUUUCUUAUUGGAUUGUUCAUGCUCUUGUGGCUUCCAGCAUUGAUCUUCAUUGCUAUCUUUCUGGCACGGAAGGUCAAACCCCUAAAUAUUUGAAUGAAUUGACUGAGAAAAAGAGAUCCAUACUUGUAACACUUGAGAAGCAUCAUCAGUUCAUCAUGAAACAACAAGAAGAGGUAGAGCUUUAUAGAUGGCUGGUGGACCAAACUGAUCAUUUUCCUAUUGAUAUUACCUUGUUCCUUUCCAAGCUGAUACAUGGCAAACACAAAGCCAGGCCUCUCAUAAACUGUUCUACUCGUUUGGAGGAAUACAUUGAAGAUUUCCUGAAGGAAAAGAAUUUGAUAUUAAUAGUUUCAAAGCGAUUAGAUGUUUCAAAAGAAGAUCUUGAUAGCCUGAAUGUGGUUUACAAUGAGGUGAAGAAGGGAAACAAGCAUGAAAUUGUAUGGGUUCCUGUGAUAUCAGACCCUCCUGCUGAAGGUGAUGAGGAAGCUUAUGAAGCUUUGAUAUCUAAAAUGAAAUGGUAUGCGGUGCCAUUUGAUACAAAGGUUGCGGGUUUGAGGUUCUUGGAAGAGAAAUGGGAAGUUAGAGAAGAUUUGUUGAUUGUUGUUCUAAACACACAAUCCAAGAUUGAAUUCCCCAAUGCAGUUCAUUUGACUCGAAUUUGGGAGAAAGAGGCUAUUCCUUUUACGUAUGAGAGAGCAAAUGCUUUGUUGAAAAGGAGUUGGAUUGAUUCAACUGUUGUCAAAUUCACUGAUCAACCUAGGUUGAACAGCUUGGCCAUGAUUAACAAGGAAAGGACUAUGAUAUUCUACGGAGGACACAAUCAGGGAUGGAUUAAAAGAUUUGAAGACACAGCCGAAGCCAUUAAAAGAGACCCAAUGCUAAGAGAAGAAGGAAUAACCUUUGAAUUAGUACCCCUAGGAUUGAACCAAAAAGGAGAGCCUGAUCCAACCAUCAUGUCUCGUUUCUGGACCGCGCAACGGAGUUUCUUCAUUCUCAAGCAUCAGCUACAAGGUUCGACCGCAACCGAACAUAUUUCACGACUGAUAUCUUACGAAAACGAAAAGGGUUGGGCAAUAGUAACCAAAGGCCAGACCGUCGUCAUGGUUGGGGGCGGGGACUUGAUCGUAAAAGCAUUAGAGGAGUUUCAAACAUGGAAGAAAAACUUACGUCGAGUAGGCUUCUCGGGUUCUUUCAAAAAUAACUUCGAUGAGCUCACUAGUAAAAGCCUUGAAUGCACGCAUGUGAAUAUUAUGGGAUAUAGCGGGUGGAUACCGCUAACCGUUAUGUGCCCGGUGUGUCGCCGAUACAUGGGAAGUGGUAUCAGAUUCACUUGCUGCCAUGGCCGCCCUAAUGUUCUUUAGAUCAUCACCUUAUUAUUGCUUCUUCUAUUUCUACUAUGGCUGAAUAACACCAUUUGGCUGCCUCUUCUGCAUGUUGAGUUCAUAAAGCCAUGUGGUUAUACUUAUGGAUGCUCUUGUUCUUAUUGUAUUUUUAUAUGAAUUUCGAUUAUAAAUUUAUUUAAGUUGGAUUCGGUUUAAA